CCCCCCAUGCAUCAUGGCCAUUGAGGGUACGGGUACAGUAUGUUAAUUCAUUAGCAUUCAUUAGCUACAGUCCCGCCCUUGCUAGUAGUGGAACCUUGACGUGAACAGGUCCCCAAGGUUUUUGAGUUGGGAUGUUGAUGGGGAGAAGGGCUGGAUCAGACUCCGAAGUGGGCUUCAAGAAGUGCAGCUCAUCCAGAAGCACUGGCAUGGGAUUAAAGGAGCUGUGUCGAAAUGCAUUCCGUACAGCUUUGACCUGGAAGUUUGCUUGUUUCUUGGCCUUUCACUUUUCCCAGAUCUUUCUGAAUAGGUGCUUGAUGGGGUGGAUGGAAGCAGUCCUUCAAUGGAAGAGCGACAGACUAAGCUCCACUGGCGGCUUAGAUGUGCCGUUUCAAUUGUCGAUGUUUAAUGUGCUCCAAUCUGCUGCUGGCUUCAUAGCAAUUCCACUCUUUGCUUCACUGCUUGCGAGGUUUGGGCAUCGCCAUGCGCCCUUCUGCGCUACUGCCCUGUUGGCGGUGCUGUGGCUGGCUGUUGUGCCAUUGCCCUGGGAGUGGACGCUUCCAAUCUUGUACUUGCUAGCCGCCUGUCAUCGCCAGAUGUUCUUCUCUACUUUCUUCACCUUCAUCUCCUCGGAGCGCUGGGGAUGA